UAAUACUUGCAUUACAGCCACACAUAAAAUACUACUUUAAAGCAAACAAACAUGUCGCUUAUAAAGAAUUUGGUAAAAGAGUCCGAACAAAAACCAAGGAAAAAAAAGAAGAAUGCAGGAUCUGGACAAAGCGAUUCUGAUGAAAAGGACAAGCCCAUGCGACCGUUCGUCAAAACCGCCACCGAUCUACAGCGGCUGAAGCUGGAGAAGCUCAUGAAAAAUCCGGACAAGCCCGUGAUCAUACCGGAGCAGCGUCGCGAGCGGGACUUCAUGUCCUCGGUGCCCACAUUCGUGCGGAAUGUAAUGGGAAGUAGUGCUGGAGCGGGUUCCGGCGAGUUCCAUGUGUACCGUCACUUACGCCGCAAAGAGUACGCUCGCCAAAAGAACAUUCAGAACCAGAGUGCCCGCGAAGUUGCAGAUGAAGCCUACCAGCAGAAGUUGGACGACAAUAGACGUGCGGCCGAGGAAAAAACUGCUAAGAAAAGAGCCAAACGGAUGAAGAAAAAACAGAGGGCCAAAAAGCCAAGGGAGGACAAGAAGCCACUGGCUAAUGAAGCCUCGGAGGCGAGUAACACAGAUUCCGAGGAAGAGCCCACGAAAGAAAACGCAGAAACCAGUCCAGAGGAAGAACAGGAGGUGGCCUCCAAGGAGUCCGCCGAAAAUAACACACAGAAAACUCCAAACGAAGAGGCAAUAGAUUCAAGUACGGAAGCCAUCAGCGCAGAAUCUACUGUCAAAAGCGUUGAAUCCGCAAAGGCAGUGGAAUCAGAAAGCACUGGAGCUACAAAUGUAUCCCAAGAUGUGGACCAAGAACAAGACAAGCCUGUGCCCUAGUACCUUCGAUUGUAUUCCUAUCAAUAAACCGUCUAGAUUAAUAAAA